AUGAACCACAAGGACUCGAGCAUUGACCAAUUACUAGAGAAUAUCUAUAAAGAAUUAAAACUGAAGAGGUAUCUGAUAGUUUUGGACGAUAUAUGGAGUAUAGAAGCCUGGGACCUAGUUAGAAGAUUAUUUCCCGAUGAUGAAAAUGGAAGUCGAAUCAUGAUCACUACUAGGCUCUUAGAAGUUGCUGAUUAUGCUAGAAAUGACUGCCUUACUCAUCACAUACCUUUCCUUAAUCUUGAAGAUAGUUGGAAAUUACUAUGUAACAAAGUAUUUGUAAAGGAAGAUUGCCCUCCUCAACUGGAGGAAAUAGGGAAGAAAAUAGUAGAACAAUGUCGAGGAUUACCUCUCUCAGUUGUUGUCAUUGCUGGUGUUCUCUCUAAUAUCAAUAGGACAUGCUCAACCUCCGAGCAGUGUUUAGAGAUAUUGGCUUUGAGUUACAACUACUUGCCCUGUAACUUAAAAGCUUGCUUUCUUUACAUUGGUGUUUUCCUCGAAAAUACAGAAAUUCCUGCAGAUACGUUGAUCAAAAUUUGGUUUGCUGAAGGUUUUUUGAAGACAAUUAUUCAUAAAAAGACAGAAGAGGUGUCAGAAGAAUGUUCAGAAGAUCUAGUUGGCAGAAGUUUGAUUAUGGAGAUUUUUACAGGAAUCCCUAAAGUAAAGAAGUUAGUUGUUUGCUUACAACCAUGGCGUAGUGUAACGUUUAAUCUUAUUGACAGCCUCAUCCGUCUUGUUGAUCUCGAGAAGCUAAGAAUUCAUCUAGAUAUUUCGCCUUAUGAGAAUUUUUCAUUAAGGCUGCCAACGCUGUUAUUGGAUGCAUUCCAAGGGAGAAAUUGGAAUCUAAAUGAAGGGGGUUUCAAGAAACUGAAGUUGCUACAGAUUAACCGAAAAAACUUGGUGCUCUGGGAGGCGAGCAGUGAAAGUCUUCCUAGACUUGAGUUUCUAAUCUUGAAGUAUUGCUAUAAAUUGGAGGAUAUUCCUACAGAGAUUGGAGAUAUUCCCACAAUAAAACUGAUUGAGUUGCAUAAUUGUAGCCAAGCUGCUGCCACUUCUGCAGAGGAAAUGGGAGAAGAACAACAAAGCUUGGGAAAUGAAGUACUUGUGGUCCGUGCCUACAAUACUGAAGAUUUCCUUCGUAUGAUACAUACGAGCAAUAUUGGUGCAAGUGCAAAUACAUAUAUCCUGGCUCUCCCAAUUGCUGAACCAUUGGAGAUAGUAGUAAAAUCAUUGCCAAAUGAAGGCAGAAGAAAGCACAACUACAGAUACAUUGGAGAUGGACUUCAGAGUGCUCAAGCAGAGAUAAUUGUGAGGGCUAAACAGGUUGUUUAUGCGCUAUUGCAAUAUCAUGAUAGAGAAUUCGACAUUCCUACUGAUCGGAUGCUAGAUUUAGGUGAAGCUGGCAAAGCAGGCUCUUAA